AUGGCCGAUGGAUUUUGUCGCGGUCGAGCGAUUUGGUCGGCCAAAUUCGUUUUGGCCGAGAGAAUUUCGGCCGAGGCCGAGCGUGUUUCCCGGAUCGACCGGCACGGUCGGUCCGUUCCGAUACGAAAAUUUCGGCCGAUCGCGGCCUUCUUUCCCGGUUCGUGCGUCCGCGCGAACGGUUUCUGUCGCGCAAUAGAAAUCCGGCCGAGCACGGCUAUUCCUUCCCGGCUCGACCGUAACGGUCGGCCAGAUUGGAAUUGCUCGGCCAAAAUUCUUUUGCGCGUCCGCGGCCAAUGUUUUGGCGCGGAUUGUGUUUUCACACCUUUUUCUCCUUCUAUCCUAUCUUAA